AUGUGGCAUGUCUGGAAGACUAGAUGCGUGAAAGUUUUUGAUGGAAAGCAUUUGCAUCCUACAAGUGUUAUAAAACAGAUUUUUACAUUUUCCCAUCAAAAUAACAUAUGCAUAAACACUGGUCAUAACAGGGAUAGACAAGAGUCUAGAGAUCUAACUCCUCAGCAUUGGAGUUCUCCCCUUUUAAAUUGGAUUAAGAUGAACAUUGAUGUUUCCAUGUUGCCUAAUAUUAAUUUUGUUGGUUUGUCUUUUGUUCUUCGUAAUCACAUAGGAUCUUUCUUGGAAGCCAUGGCCAUCACAUUAAUAGCUAGAGAUAUUUUCCAAGCUGAAGAUAUUGCUGUGUUACAAGCCAUCAGAUGGAUUGCAGAAAGGAACUUCAGCAAAAUUAUUCUAGAAGGGGAUAACAAAAUCAUUAUCGAAGCUUUAAACUCAGGAAAGUUAGAAGGUGUGAAAUGGGAGGAUCAUUCAAUGUCGUUGGAAUGUCUAAGUCUGAUCAAUAAGUUGCAUGACUUUCAAGUCCAGUUUCAUCCUAGAAGAGGGAAUAGGGUAGCUGAUGCCUUGGCCAAAUACGCAAGGAACAAUUAG